GUCAAGCGACGUCACCGUGUCGGCAGGAGAGGCGUCGGAGAGUUUCGCCCGGUUGUCAUUCCCAGAGGAAGAAGAGGGUGCGAUCAAAAUUUACCUGUCGAGUCUUACCUGGUGCUCUUGUUGUACAUGUCGGUCGUCGAAAUUCAUCUGCGGUACGACAUUAAACACUGGCUUCACUUAGGAGUAAGACGGAGAAGGCGGUAAAGAAUGCUAAGAGGAUCCUGACUCGUGGCCCAAACAUGAGUGUGACAUCAUGGUUCCUGGUCAGCAGCUCUGGCACACGCCAUCGGUUGCCACGGGAGAUGAUCUUUGUUGGCAGGGACGACUGCGAGUUAAUGCUGCAGUCUCGCAGUGUGGAUAAACAGCACGCUGUGAUCAACUACGACCAGAACACGGACGAGCACAUGGUGAAGGACCUGGGCAGCUUGAACGGGACAUUUGUGAAUGACCUAAGAAUCCCAGACCAGACGUACAUCAUCCUCAAGCUCUCUGAUGUCAUCCGUUUUGGUUAUGAUGCUCAUGUAUAUAUCCUGGAGAGGAGUCAACACAAGGUCCCAGAGGAAGCUCUUAAACACGAGAAGUACACCAGCCAGUUGCAGCUUAGUAUAAAAGCCCUGCAGGCCAAGGUGAAGGAAAAACAGCAGCUCCAGAGCUCAGAGAAGAGCAAAAGCUCUGUUUCCAAACUGCAGGACAGGGCUGAGCGAAGAGCUCAGUCUCUCACAGCUGCCACAGAUUCUCCGAUAUCCAAGCCUACUCCUCUCUAUGGCCAACCAUCCUGGUGGGGGGAGGAUGAGGAAGCAGCAAACAAAUACAAGAAUAGAGGUGGAAAGCUGCCAGAACAGGAGUCUCCAGAGCCUGCUAAAGACAUGUCCAGAUAUGAGGUCAAUGGUUCUUUGUCCGACAGUCAGGCCAAGGCCAUCCUCUCCUACCGCCGGGAGCCCAGCUACUAUGAGAUCCCAACAAAGGAAUUAUUUCAGCGAGCGGCCAAGAAACCCGAGUCACAGGUUCACGAGGUUCCGACAAAGGACAAACCAGAUCCCACUGAGGUUGUCUCCUCUACCCCCACGCCUCCCGUGGUCCAAAGCCACGCAUCCUUCACCAUCGAAUUUGAUGAAUGCAUGCCAGGUAAAAUGAAGAUCAAGGACCACGUGACCAAGUUUUCUUUCCGCCAGCAGCACAAGCUACCUUCCACAGAGCUCGUCACCACACCCACAGAGGUGAUAUCAGCAGAAAGCAAAGUUGCUGAUUGGCUGGUCCAAAGCAAUGCUAGCAUGACGAGGAGGAAGUCACAGGCUGAAGACAUUUAUGGCACAAACGUUGACACUUCACUUCUGAAGAUCACCAAGGCAAACCACCGUGAAGAUGGCUCUCAUGUUGAUUCAGGAGAUCCUGCAAUCAAUGGGAGGGAUUUCCUUCAAUCAGAACCUCAGAUUGGGUCCCAGGUGUCUCCACAACCCUUGAGAGCCUCACCGCCACAACGCCUCGCCUCCCCUGACUCUGAGGAGCCCUUGUCCUCCUCUCCACCAGAAUCUCAGGCCCUAUCCAGUCUUGGCAAAGCUGAGCCUCACCAAGCCUUUGUCAUUGAAUUUUUUGAUGAUUGCCCAAGAAAGAAGCGCUCCCAGUCCUUCACCAAUAACACAUCUCCACCCGAGCCCUCAGGCCUCAGGGUCCAGCUGGAGAAGGUGAGGAAGAGCGCAAGCCCAUCUGGGGAGAAACGAGUCUCUCCAGCCUCCACCACUACCCCAACACAACGAUACACUGUCCCGCUGAAGGGCCCCGCUUCCACAGCCUUUCAAAGAGCUGGUUCUCUACGAAGGGAGAAGACAGAGAACCAGAUCAGCAACAGCUUUUCCUCUCGCUCUUCUCCGUCUGUAAGGUCCUUUAGCAGUGUGGGCCGGAGGUCCAAACUCGCCCUGGAUUUUACUGCAGAACUUCUCAAACAAGCAAAGCAGUCCUCUUCUGCCAGCUGGGAAGAAAAGACAUCUAGUCCCCCUACUGCAGCUAAAACAGAGACAGUGGUCGUAUCCCAGCCUAGUGCCUCUCCAUCUAAAGCUCCCUACCAGCCACAGACUUCCUCUCCUAUCCACCAGCCUGUUCCCCUCCAGGCUCCUGUGAUGCCCCUGGCGUCUCAGAGUGUGGAGGUCAAGAGCCCCCUUGUCGGCCCCAAGCACGAAGAGGAGGACAGUUUGAGUGACGCGGGAACCUACACCAUUGAAGCAGAUAUUCAAGAUAGAGAGAUAGAAGAGGCACGCGGCAAGAUUGACAAGGUGUUUGGUGUUUUUGAGAGCCCAGAGCGAACCAACCAGAGUGAAGCAGAAACAUCAUCAGAUUUUAGGCCUGUUCUAGUUGAGAGCAGAGAGCAGCGUAGGCAGAGUAGCUGUGGGGAGGUGAGGCCAGCUCCAGAACAGGGACAGAGUCUGGUAAAGGUCCAGGCAGCAGGUGCAGUGUUACACGGGGCUCCUAAGUGGAUGUCUUGCUGGGCCAGCUUGGCAGACAGCUACACAGAAUCUGGCCCUUCGUCUGGCCUCUAUGACAUCUCUUCCCAGAUGGAGCUGUCAGGAGGGGCACGAGGUACAAUCCUCAGCAAGGCCGCGCUCAGCCGACACAACGACAGCACCGACUCCGAUGGAUCAAGAGCUCGCCGCGUCCUGCCCCAGUUACCGCUGGGGCAGAAGAGUGACAUUCCAACUCCCAGCAUUCAUGUUCAUUAUGACCUGCAUUCGACAUUUGAUGUAGGUGAGACUAGCGUGUUGGUACCCAGGUCUCAGGAUGGCCUUCACAGGUUAUUGGUGCAGGACGACGUAGAGCCUGACAGCCUGAGCGAUGCCAGCAAGUCUGAUGACGGUUCUAUCAUAGAGCAAAGGAGGAAACGGCUGUCAGACACAGAAGAGAAGAAAAAGGAGAACAGACCGUCAUCCAAGUCUACAUCAUUCUACAUCGGGUCUGAGGAGCCCGAGGCCCAACGUGGGGGCUCAAACACCAGCACGGAAAUAAAAUGUGUAACCAAAACUUUCUCAACAGCCACCCUGACCAAACCGAAAGGUAGCCAGGACCCUGGAAAAGUCAAACCCAGUUUGUCGGCUCCUGCUCUGAGACUGAGUCCAGAGUCCAGAGAGGGCAGUGUAUCCCCAUUAAUCAGACAAGAGAGCUUCACCAAGGAGAGACCUAGCAAUGCCAGAUUGCCCAACAUCUCUAGCCUGUCUGUUCAGAGAGGCCUAGACUCCGAAUCAUUCCAGGGAGCCCAUAAUCAGGACACUCAUUCCUACCUCAAAGACACGGAGGAUGUUCUGGCUGUUCUAGAGGCUAAACUCCAAGCGGGACAAUCAGAAAAAACACCGUCUUCAGUAAUGGACUCUCUUUCUGCGGACUCUGAUGUGGAUACCUCCAGCACAGUCAGCCAACAUAGCAAUAAGACCAGGCCAAACGUACUGACUAAUAAACCCUCUGUUAGUGGCCUCCAUAGGGAGAGGUCUUCAGCCAGUAUAGCUAGUCAGGACUCAAGUUACCAGUCCACUACAUCUGAAAAGCGGCACUCUCCGGAAGUAAACGACAACAAUAAGACCGUGUCUGUCAGGAGACCGGUUGGACUGAGACGUAGUUUCGGGAAACGUGGCUCCACAGACCUAAGUGACGACCCUCAAAGCUUACCGUACUCUGAUCAGGAGUCUAACAACUACCAAACCCGCAAGAAAUACACAGUGCCCCUUCAGAAGGAGGACGGCAAAACCUCAAGAGUGUCCCAGGUCUUGAGUCGUGCCAACAGCUUGUCAGCCCCAAGACCCACCAGAGCGUCCAUGCUCCGCCGGGCUCGCCUGGGAGAAGCCUCAGACAACGAGGGCACGGAGACAGACAGGGUGGCCCAAGAGGCAGGCAACGGCCCGGCUAAGCAGCCCCAGGAAACCAAGAAACUCUCCAGGCUGGAUAUGCUGGCGAUGCCUCGUAAGCGGACAAGCUCGUUCAACACCCCCAGCGACACUGAGGCGUCUUCCGCACCACAGUGGCCUGGCAAGAGCUCGGGAUUCUCCAACCGCAGCACAGAGUCUGCCGGCAGCUCAGCUCGGAGGGCCUCCACUCCGGGGCCGAAGCCUGUAGAAAGGCAGCAGAAUGCACCGCCCAACAAGGCACUAAUCACUCGAGGACGUUCAAGCAGUGCCAAAUAUACCGGAAGCACAGCAAGCUCCAGGAGACGACAGAAAGGCUCUGACUAUACCUCUACCUCAGAUGAGGAGUACGACUCAAACCAGAGCACUCCUAAACACAAACGCUCCCAACAUUCCUCAGCUUCCCACAGCCCUCGCAAUCAGCCUCGGCCUCAGCCGGUCGUCGCUCUGCGUCCGAAACCCCGCAGCAGAGAUUCUGAGGAGGAGAACCAUGAGGGAGAGACCUUCCACAAUUGGUCCAACCACAGUUCUGAGAUUGCAAGGUUGAGUCAAGACCUGGCUAAAGACCUGGCUAUCUUAGCCAGAGAGAUCCAUGACGUGGCAGGUGAUGGUGAGGCACAAAACCCCGGAGUGGAGAGCAGUGCACCUGUCUCCACAGUGACUGCUCAUGAACAGCUGGUUCAUCGUAUUCCAGAGGCUGGAUUAAACUACCAGAGAGUCCCACCUGGUUCUACAUCUACGAGGGAGGCUGGCCAGAGCUCCAGUGACCAUGAACAGAACUCCAGGCAGCGAGCUCAGAGCAGAGACGAGGUCAUUGUGGACAAUCUGAUGCUGAAUCCAGUGUCUCAGAUCACAGCGGCCAUCAGAGAAAACACUGAGCAACUUGCUGACAAAAUUAAGGUACUGUUCCAGGACAGGAUGGAUAUCUGGGAGAACAUUGAUGCCAAGGUUAACUCUGACAAUGAUGUUCCUGUUGUCAAAACCUCCAACAAGGAAAUCACAUCUAUCUUGAAAGAACUCAGGAAAGUUCAACGACAACUUGAGGUCAUUAACACAGUCAUGGAGCCCAGCAGGCAGUUUGAAGCAUCCAGGUCCUCAGCCUCUGCGUCCUCCUCAUCUGGAGUUCGGCCCUCCAGACCUCCCGCCUCACAAGACUGGAGAACAAUCCACUCCGUCUCCAAACGUGGCGGCGGCCCGAGGCCCAGCGAGAGCGUCAGGAGAUCAGCUGUGACACCAGACGAUGUCCGAGCAGGAUAUUUGGUCUGAUGCGUGACACAAACACACUCGUGCUGAACUUCUGCUGUGACUCCACAAACACAGGUGUUGGAGUGUUGCACGCACAAUGAAACCAAGAGGGGAGGAAGUGAGACUGUAAACACAGAAGUGCAGCCUCCUGUACGUUCAAACAUACACACUACUGCACUAUGAGCACUACACACCAGCACAGUGUUGUGAACUAAACACCCUUAGAGUACACUCAGUGGGAGACCUGCAUAUGAAGAUUUAAGGAAGUACCAAAAUGCUUUGAUAAACCUCACCUUCGACGAGCCUCAAAACUAUACUUGAUUCUCUGUUAGAGGUCAUCCUCUUUAUUUGCCAAUGAUAUGACCAACAUUGCUGAUUUUAAAAGCUUGGUUUAUUUACUUGGUUUAUUUGAAACAACCGGCCUGAGCAUAAUCAUCUCAGGGAAAUCUACUGAUAUAUAAGAUUUCUAUGUUUAGUGACAAAUCGUACUUUUGAGGAAAUAUUAGUUUUGGGUAUAAAGUACUGCAGUAACACCAGCAGAUCUUAGAAUACUGUGUAUCCUCAGUUAAACCCAUUGAUUUUCCAUAUAUAUAUAUAUAUAUAUAUUUCCUUCCAUGUUUUUGUCUUUGUUUGACACUUCUCUCUUGGACCAGAUUCAUCGACGAAUGUAAAAAGUAUUUAUUCGGAAGGUCUUUUGUGAGACACUGUAACCGAGACAACAUGACUUUGAGGAGCGUUGGAAGUGUGCCAGACUAAUUAAUGUUAUAUCACAAAGUCACUACCAGCCAAUUUCUUGAGUAUUUAUUCUCUUAACAUUUCCCAAUGCAGCGACUCUGUCCAGGCCCUCUUUAGUAGAUGGCCACUGUGUAGUCCAGCUGGAGAUGGAAAUCCCUCUGGAAUGUGGUCCGACUGGUAGGAGGGACUGCAGAGGUUAGUCACCUGGCAACAAACUCAAGCGGCUAUACAACAGGGGUUUUCAAGCAUUCCUGGCCUCUUUACCUUCUGAGUAGUAUGUUUUUUUUUAAUUUGUGUUAAGCACAGUUGGGAGCUUGAAACUAGUUUUUGUUUUCCAUGCCUGAAGAGCACAGUGGGCUCCCAAGUUUGGCCAAAGACGUUAAAACGACUGACAGGAAUGAAUCUCAUUUAUGUGUUUGUACUGAGCUCAUCACACACAUCUAAACCUCUACAUGCUCAAGAGCUAUCGGAGCACUGUGGUAAGGUUUGAGGUUUCCGAGUGACCUCGUCACAAGGUCACUUCUGACGGGUGACCGGAGAAGUGAUGUAAUAUUAGCUUUUAAGUUGACAGUCAAUUGUGAGAAAGUGCAAAUCUAAUGAUUAGUUUGUGACAUUCUGUUCAGUAUGUAAAUACCUAAAGAUAUAUGUAAGUCGUACAAAUUACCUCUCAAUCACGUCUUUUGCACUAAUGUAGUACAACUUUAUCCCCCCCGACCUUCUAAUGCUGCAGGCUGAAAGCCGUUACUUUCCCGCGAAAGAUAAACAGUUGAUGCUGUUGAGGUUGAAGCAGGAGAAGAAGGCGACUCAGUGCACCAGCAGUGUCUGUUUCCCUCUUCCCAGUCCAGGUUGUACAUGUGAUUGUAAUUGGGAAGUACCUAUAAGUGCCACAGAGCUGUGUGGGACAGUGGUUGUUUACAAACUCAAGCAACAAUGUAAUGUUUGUCCUGUUGACUUCACUUGCUCAAAGUGCUGCUAUUCUUCGUCUAUGGGAUUUGAAUAUCUCCUUUGCUUUACUCCAUCUAAGUCUAAGCUACAGCAGGUUUCAGAGCUGAAAUGUAAUUCUUGUUUGUCAAAUUUGUGACCCUUUUUUGAUUUUCAAUUGAUGUUUCCCCAGAAUGAUUUUGUUGUAAUCUUGGUGUCUUGUUAGCUGGUAUUUAUGUUUGGUUAUUUUUGUAAUUUGUUCGAUGAUGAUUGCAGAUUUUUCCAAUAAAUUUGAUUAGUAAAGUA